CUUUUCCACGGGCCACCUUCGGACACGGCCAAGGCCAGAUAACGAUGGAUGAUGUUGAGUGCGUUGGUGAUGAAAAGACGGUAUUUGAAUGUCGGCACAACAGGAUUCACAACUGUUUACAUUCUGAAGAUGCUGGCGUACAGUGUGAAAAUGGUUUCCCAGGCGAACUUCGCUUAGUCGCUGGGAACACUCAUAACAGAGGCCGACUUGAAAUCUUCUUUGAUGGGGAAUGGGGCACCAUUUGUGGCAACUCCUGGGGACUCAAUGAAUCUCAGGUGGCUUGUUGGCAGAUGGGUUUCCCUGGUGCCAUCAGGGCAAUUCAAAGAAAACCGUACGGAAAUGCAACUGGACCGAUACAUCUUGGCAGUGUUAGAUGUACUGGCCUGGAGGAGAGCUUGGAUAGCUGUCAGCACGCUGGGAUUGGAGUUCAUAAUUGUUCUCAUGGUCAAGACAUUGGCAUUGAUUGUAAAUCAGCGCGUUUAGUGGAUGGUUUGAGUUCAAGCGAAGGACGUGUGGAAGUGUACAAUGGUAAUGCUUGGGGAACAAUCUGCCUCGAUGACUGGGACCUGCUUGACGCAUCAGUCAUCUGUCGACAAUUUGGUUUCGAGCAAGCAGUUCAAGCAGCGGAAUUCACCGUUCCAGUCGAUGGGCAGGAGAUACUCAUGACUGAUCUUGAGUGUGUGGGUAAUGAAACAACAGUGUUUGAAUGUCAGCACACUGGACCCGAAGAUGUCCGUUGUCGACAUCAAAAUGUUGCAGGAGUAAAAUGUG